AUGUCACAGCCAAUGUCUUCCUUUGAGGUUCCGGGAACGGUUCAACUCGUUGACACCCAGGGUGUUCUUGAUGUGAAGCACGGAAGUGGCCAACCCAACAUCGUGCUUGUUCCUCAGCCGAGCAACGACCCCAAUGAUCCGCUCGCGUGGACUCAGAAGCGCAAGACAUUCAACAUCAUUUGGGUGAUGAUUUGGUGCUUCUUUAUUGCCGCCAUUGUUUCCGGUCUUUCGCCCGCCUAUCUGCAAAUACAAGCCGACACGGGAAUAUCAGUCGCCAACCUGAGUACGGGCAAUGGCCUGAUGUACCUCUUCCUUGGAUGGGGAACACUGAUCACCCAAAACUUCGCUUUGGUCUAUGGCCGACGACCUAGUCUCGUUUUCUCCAUUGUCUUGACGACCUUCGUCACUCUUUGGUCCGCAUACACGAAGUCGAGCGCCGAGUUCUACAUCAACAGAAUCAUUCUCGGCGUUGUCUCCUCCCCGAUGGAGACCCUUAUCGAGGUCAUCAUUGAUGACCUCUUCUUCGUUCACCAAAGGGGGUUCUACAUGGGAAUCUACAGCUGGACGCUAUGGUGCGGUGCUUUUCUCUGCCCCGUGGCUUCAGGAUUUGUGGCUGAAGCCCUGGGGUGGCGAUGGAUUCAAUACAUCCUGUCCAUUUUGGGUGGCGCGCUCAGCGUCUCAACGUUUCUCUUCUUUGAGGAGACGAUGUUCUACCGACCGAGUGUUCACCCGGAGAUCAUUGGCACGGCAGGGCUCAAAGCUGACGCUGUUGACACUGAGGGAGGAGUUUUGAGUGAUAGGGUUGUGAACAAGACCAAAAAACCCCAGCCUGACAACAUUGGAGUCGCGACGAUAAACUCUAGUAUCGACAUCAACGAGCCACAGGGAUACAGCUCUAUUACCGAUCGGCCAUUCUGGUCGAAAUUGAAGCUAUGGGGAUACCAAGACUCUCGCAAGCCAAGGAACUUCAAACGAACUCUUCUGCCUUUUCAUCUGCUGCGGUUUCCGACUGUCCUUUUCGCGGGCCUUCUUGUUGGCGGCAUCCUAUCAUGGUACAAUGUUGUCGGCGGGUCUCUCGCCCUGAUACUCGGCAAUCCUCCUUACAACUUCGGUUCGAACGUCAUUGGUCUUUUCUACCUGGCUGCUGUCAUUGGAGUCUCCAUUGGCUGUGCUAUCUCUGGGUGGGCAAGCGAUGCCUUGUCAGUGAUCAUGGCACGCAGACAUGGCGGGGUGAUGGAACCGGAGCAUCGCCUCUGGCUCGGCAUCGUGGCACUCAUUGCCCAUCCCAUCGGAUGCAUUCUAUACGGAGUCGGAGCAUCGCUGGGUAUUCACUGGGUUGGCAUCGCCUUUGGAUUGGGAAUCAUCUCAGUCACGCUACCUUUAGGCACUAGUCUGGCCUUCACAUACGUUCUGGAUAGCUUCAAGGAAGUUGCUGGAGAAGGAUUUGUAUCUGUUAUUAUGAUUCGUAAUACGAUGGGCUUUGCUUUCAGCUACGCUGUCGUACCAAUGAUUGAGAAUAUUGGCCUCAGAAAUGCGUUCAUCCUGACGGCUGCACUUGGUGUGGCUCUGUGGGCUUUGUGUGUGGUCAUGAUCUUCAUCGGCAAGCCGCUGAGGAGAAAUGCUGCAUCACAAUACUGGAAGCUAGUCGAGAAGCACGGAGCUAAUGCUCAUUGA